GAGGCGCCCGACGGCUCGCGCAGCGUCAACCAGUACGUGCUGGGCGAGACGUUGGGCCGAGGGUCCUACGCGACGGUCGAGAAGGCGGUCGACCGAGAGACGGGCGGCGAGUAUGCGAUCAAGGAGUUCUCGAAGCGUCGGCUGCGGCAAAUCGCUGCGGCAGAAGCGCAGCGGCGCGAGCGGCUCGCGAGUCGGACAGGAGGGCGAGGGAGGGGUCGAGGACGAGGCCGAGGGAGAGGCCGAGGAGGUGCGGCGAUGCAGGCGAGGUGGUCGACGGACGAUCCGGACGCGGCAGGGCCCGAGAAUCUCGACCUCGUCGCCAUCUUGCGCAAGGUCGACCACCCGAAUCUCGCGUCCGUCCACGAGGUCAUUGACGUAACCUCGGACGACGCCCUUCUCAUCAUGGAGCUGUGCGACGGCGGGCCCAUCCUCAAGGUCCGAGACGGCGAGCAGGUGACGCCGUACAGCGAGGACGAGGCGCGCAACAUCUUUCGGCAACUCGUCCUUGGCCUCGCGUACCUGCACCACAACCAGAUCAUCCACCGCGACAUCAAGCCCGACAACGCCCUCUUUGCCGACGCCGACCACACCAAGGUCAAGCUCGUCGACUUCGGCGUCUCCAAGUUCGCCGCCGACGCGCCUCGAGGCGUCGAGGAGAACGGCGUCGCCGGCAGCCCGGCGUACAUGGCGCCCGAGCUUCUCGCGUCGAACGGCGGGACGAGUGCGGCCGAGCAGGAGCGCGAGGAGACGGCGACGACGCCCGAGGAGGCGAACGCGGUCGGGUACGCGUGCGACGUGUGGAGCCUCGGUGUCACCCUGUACGCGCUCGUGCUGGGCAAGCUGCCGUUCCAGGCGUCAGACCCGGUCGAGAUGUUCCGGCAGAUCCGCGAGGACGACCCGCAAAUACCGACGACCCUGUCGCCCGACCUGCAGCACCUCCUCACCUCCCUCCUCAUCAAGGACCCCCUCACCCGUCCCUCCCUUCCCUCGCUCUGGUCCGAUCCCUGGGUCACCGCGUCCUCGAACGACCCGCUCCCGGCCUACGACGCCAACGUCGCCUCGCCGAUCGCCGAC